CUGGUUGGUCAGUGUUCAGCAGACUCGUGGAAUGGGGAGCUGUUCUUGCCCUCUCUCCCUCACGCUGGCUCACUCGCUCUCCCUCUCUCCCGCACGCCGCUAAACACGCCCUCCACCUCCGCCCCUAGGAAGUGAAGAAAGGGAGGAAGAAGGGAGAUAUACGCCCCAUUCAACCUCUGGGAAGUGAAUGAAGGAAGAAGGCAAAUAAUUUUAGAAGAGAAGGAAGAAGGGAAAUCAACGCCCCUGUAAAGCUUAAGAAGUGAAGAAAGAAAGGAAGAAAAGGUGGAAGAAGGAACUUAACGGCUCUCCAUCUCUUGGGAAGUGAAGGAAGGAAGGAAAGGAAGAGGAAAGAAAGUAAACGCCACUUAAAAGCCGGAGAAGUGAAGAAAGAAAGGAAGAGGAAGGCAAAUAAACUGAGAGGUGAAGGAAGGAAGAAGAGAAAUAUCAACGCUUUUCCAACCCCUGAGAAGUGAAGGAAAGAAGAAAGGAAAAAGAAAUCAAAUUAUCCUCACCUUUAUCUUUCAUUAACACUUUGGGACGUGAAAGUUGGCGUUUGUGAAGGAAAAUAAGCCACGCGGACGAACUUCAUUUUGGUUUUCAAGAAAGUGUUGAUCGAUUUUCGUGUUUCCCGUAUGAUUGAUAAUGGAACCGAAAAUUACUUGAGCUUUUUUUCUUUGUUAUGACGCGGUGAAACUGAAAAUGUUAUUGUUGCAUUGAACGUGUGCUAUAUACCUAGUGAGAGACAAAAACUUUAGUUGUUGUUGAAACUGAAAAUUAUAUGCUUUUUGAUAUGAUUCUUCUUGAUGCGAAAUAUUGGAUAGAAUCUUGAUUAUGAUGGAAGAACAGGAAUAGAAGAACAAUAACAAGUAGAAGAACAGUAAUAAGUAAAAUAACAAUAAAGUCGGUGGUUUUUCUACAUCUUCAGUGACGUUAUUUAUUAUCAGAAGAAAAGACGAUUGAAAACGAUACAUUGAACUGACUAUCUUGUUAGUGAUAUUUUGAAGAAUUAAGAGUUGCGUGCGUGUGUUUGUGAGUGGAUCUUUGUGUGUUCACGUGUGAGUCUUACGUACGCGUGUGAGUGUGAGCGAACCACCACCACCACCACCAACAACAACAACAACAACAACAACAACACCGCCACCACUUACAAAUUGACACAUGGAGAAGAUGAAGUGUUUGAAACUAUGACACUUGACGAACAAACUUGACAACAACAACAACAAAAAUAAUAAUAAGAGUAAGAAGAAGAAGAAGAAGAAGGAAUUUGAGUGCACCUGCGUGUGGCUGUGUACGUAAGUUGGUGUACACGUCUAUGUAAGGAGGGAAACGCACACCAGGAAAUGCCAUCUUCCAUGUACAUUAUUUUGGUGGCGGCGUGGGCGUGGGCGGCGGCCGUGCUGGGGGAGGAGUGCCACGUGUGCCGCCUCUCCCCCUGCCGGCGCGUUACUGGGCUCUUCACCCGCGCCAGGCUCCCCGUGGGCUAUAACCUGAUCGCUCGUGUGCCGCCGAGGGUCUGCAACCUUACCGUCACGGAGCUGCGGCCCUCGGCGAACUAUCUUGCCAUAAGGACAGACCUGGGAUACAUAAUCAACGGGAACUGGGCCAUCCUACCACCUGGUCGCUACAUGGGCGCAGGAACUGGCUUCUUUUACAGCCGCCCCCACACGCCAUCCGAGGUGGGUGAGGUCAUCCAGGCGCCCGGACCCCUCACCAUACCUGUGGAUGUGAUGCUGAUCUACCAGUCGACCAACCCCGGGGUCAGAUACGAAUACUGGCAGCCCAUUGGUCCCCCCCAGGUCCUCCCCCGCAGCACCCCCCUCCACCCCCGUGCCCCCUCCCCCCUCCACCACGUCCUCCCCGCGUACCAGGCCAGACCAGGGGGGGAGGGGAUCGUGCAGCUGGACCCCCCUGAUCCCCUCCGGUCCCCUUCCCUGGGUGUUGGGGGGAUAGUGGGGGGAGAGGAUCCUUCGGGGGGCCCCACGUGGAGGGUGUGGAAAUUUACCCCGUGUUCCAGGACCUGUGGGGGAGGCCAGCAACAAACCGUCUACAUCUGCACAAGCCCCGCCGGUGCCAUUCUACCCGACGACGACUGCGGCUCAGCAAAACCCGCGCCCCAAACUGUCCACUGCAACCCCCGCCCCUGCCCGCCCUCGUGGCAGCUCGGUGAAUGGUCCCCGUGUUCCGUCACCUGCGGCUCCGGGGUAAUGACAAGGACGUGGGCGUGUGUGCAGGAGGUGACGCCCACGCUGACCCGCUCCGUGCCGCCCUCCACCUGCCCGGCGCCCCUGCGAGCCACCAUGGUACCCCUCAUCCAGCCCUGCACCAUGGCCCCCUGCACCAAGUGGGAGGUCACGGCUUGGACGCAGUGCUCGGUGGAGUGCGGCACGGGGGUCAAGUCUCGUCUGGUCACCUGCCGGGCGGAUGGGCGGCGCGUGACGGAGGGCGAGGGGGAAUGCAACCCGCAGGAGAAGCCACCCUCCCAGCAGCUCUGCCACGCCCACUCCUGCGCCCACCACACCUGGUUCUACACGGAUUGGUCUGAGGAGUGCUACGGGGGCUGUGAGGAUGGCGUACAGCGUCGGCGUGUGUGGUGUCUGCCGGGCGUCAACACGGUGGAGGGGGAGUGUGACCAGAGCCAGCGACCCCCCGACACGCGCCCCUGCCCUCCACCCAACGCCUGUGCCGCCGCCUGGUUCACGGGGCCCUGGCAGACGUGUUCAGACGAGUGCGGGAACGGAACACACUCGCGGGAGGUAGUGUGCGUGGUGUUUCUCCGCGGUACCUUCCGGGCCACGCUGGACAUUGAGUGUGACGCCGCUGCCCGACCCGAGGACUCUCAGAGCUGCAACCCGGAGCCCUGCCCCCCACACUGGUACUACACCGACUGGUCUCAGUGUUCCCGUACCUGCGGCCGAGGCACCAAGACCCGCCUGGUGCAAUGCCUCGACCACCACCAGCAGCUAUCCUCACGCUGCUCCCUCGCCGACAAGCCCGCCACGGCCCGCCCCUGCGUCGAGAAGCCCUGCAGCAAGCCCAGUGACCGCAGCUGCGUGGACCGCUUCCGUAACUGCGUGUUCGUGCAGCAAGCUCGCCUCUGCCGCUAUGCCUACUACAGGAGCGUCUGCUGCGCGUCCUGCUUCAAUGAGUAAUGGAAAACGGGGAUCGGGGCGGGUGGCUUGCUGUCCGUGGCGUCUCCGUUGUCCGUCUUUCCUAGGUACUUUUUCGUUCCUUUUUCCUUCCUUUUUAAAUCUUUCCGUCUUUCUUUUCUUUUCGUUUUUACAUAUGAUUUAAUAUUUUCUUCCUCAUUUCCUCUUUUUUACGUAUUUGUUCUUGAUUUUUCAUUUAAUAUAUCUUCCUACUUGCUUUUUUUCCUCCUUUUUUAGUCUUUUCAGUGGAGGAAAAAUAUGAUUCAUCCUUUUUUUUAGACUUCCUCCCAUUUCUUCUUCCUCAUUUCCUCUUUUUACUUAUUCGUUCUUGAUUUUUCAUUUAAU